AUGACUUCGACCGUCUCAAGUAACGCUUGCCCUCAAGACCUAGCUCAUGACAACCUUGCUCCUCUCAUCAGCACACUAGGAUGGAUCGAAGCAGCAUUGGCCAUCAAGACCAUCGUGGCUCGGUUUCUGGUCCAGAAAUUCGUUGUCGGCAAGAUUGAGUGGAACGAUUGGAUAAUGCUCUUUGCUCUGGUAUGCCUCAACCCGGAAGACGGCAUCAUCGCCCUAAAGUGGGAAUUUCUCGCUCAGCCUGCUGGUAUCAUGAGUCCGGCCUUCGCCAGAAUUGCCUUCUGCAUGUAUAUGCUCAAGUUUAUCGGCACCAGCAAGCGUAAGCGAAACCUGUGCUACUUCAUCAUGGUGUCGCAGCUUGUUAUCAACAUUGGGACCAUGAUAGAAGUGCUCAUUUCAUGUGAGCAUCUUGCUCAGCUCUGGGACUUCAGACUGCAAGGCCGCUGCUGGAGUCCAAAGGUUCAGGCCUAUCUCGGCUUCUUUCAAGGAGCUUGGAACUCGACCUCUGACUUGGUUCUUACCAUCCUUCCGGUAAUGAUCAUCAGAAAUCUCAACAUGGAAUUGCGGACUCGAAUCGCUUUAUGCGUUGUCCUUGGCCUAAGUGUCCUGGCCAUGAUUGCAUGCAUUGUCAAGACGGUUGAGCUGAGAUCUCUGGGUGACCGCGUUGAUUUCACGUACAACACAGCCAAUUUUGUCAUCUGGUUCACUAUUGAGGAAUACAUCGUCAUCAUCGCUGCUUCGAUCCCAACGAUACGACCACUUGCAUUGAGAUUGUCGCAGAAGUGGAAGAAUCGUACGCCAAAUGGCUCUGCGGACCAUGGCCACCGGCGUGCCAGGCCUUCGAGCAUUCCAGUUCAGGUGGAUCAAGAUCACUCGAAUGACCUAUCCUGGAGCAGCGCCUCUCCGGAAAUCGUAAGGCUCAACACACCCUCACCAGAUGACAGCGCAGGGAAAUUGGAGGUUGAGAGCCCGUAUGUGCACCCAUCUCCAAAAAGUCCGCCGCCACCCAAUACCAUCCGCAAGACCAUUUCCGUCGUCAUCAAUUCGGAAAGCAUGGAUGAGGACCUACAGAAAGUGCGCGGAGUGUCAACGAUUGUCUCUGCAGGUCCGGUCACACCUGAGCCGCAAUCAGCCGCGCCAUACAACUCCUGGCCUUUUCCAGGCGAAGAAGAGGAAAGCAAGAGCAAAUAA